CCUUGCAAUACAGGCUCUUGUCCCACCUGGAGUCCUGCCUGACCCAUUUCCUUGGUGUCCCCUUGCAGUCCUGUGAAGACCUGGGAGAGGCAGCAGUCAUGAAGAUCCUGUUCCUGCUCUUCCCCCUGAUCCUCCUGCUGGUCCAGGGUGCUGCAGGAAUCCUGCCCACAGGUGAUUGCAGCUUGGUUUCUUACACACCAUUUCUGCCUUGGUGUGCUCUGAACUUACACCUUUCUCAGCCCCGAGAAGAGCCAGGACAGACAUCAGCCAUGAGGAUCCUCUACCUGCUCUUCCCCUUGUUCCUCCUGCUGGCCCACAGUGCUGCAGGAUCUUCCUUGGAGCCAACAACCAAGGAACAAUGUCAGCGAGAAAAUGGGUACUGUGGAUUUUUGAAAUGCAAGUUCCCCUUUGUCAUCAAAGGAAGUUGUUCCAGGUUCUUCUAUUGCUGCAAAAAGUAA